ACUUUCACCAUCACGAAUGGUGGAUUUGUAUAAAGACGCGGUUCCCCUGUUUAUUUAGUGACUUCUCGUUUUGGUAGAGAAUCGAGCUAAAGCUUGAUAUUACAGAUUUAACGCCGUAGAAGGCUCGCUAACGUCGCGUAGCCUCCUUCAUAAAAUGAGUAAAGCAUUGUUCGCAGUGAGACAGUGUGCGUCUCUGACACGCAGUGUGAGUCGUUCUGCCGCUCGUUGUCAGGUGGUUACCAGCCCUGGGGAGAUUGCCAGACUCUACAAAGAAAUCAGUCUCUUCCCUUCUCUGAGUCGAGCCGAUGUGGGACCUGUCAUUACUUCACAGUAUGGAGGAAAAUAUAGCAACAUCUACACAGAAUGGAGUCAGCGUGAUCUGGAAAGGAAUGAGAACGUCAAGUUCUGCCGCCAGUACAUUGUGUUCCACGAUGACAAGUCGGUCGUCUACUCUGGAGCCUCAGGAAACUGCACUGAGAUUAAAGGAGAGGUGCUUAGUAAGGAUUCGCCCUCAGGUGACAUGAAGGCCGUUGUCAGGGAGUGCACAAUCAAAGGAGAGGACAAACAGUUUCUGGAGAUUUGGAGUAAGAACAUUAAAAUGAAAAGUGUGAAUUUGUCUGCCUUGAACAAGCACGGCAAAGUCUAUGAAGAUGACCAGUUUGGAUCCUUGGUUUGGUCCCACUCUGAAACCCACCUCCUGUAUGUAGCAGAGAGGAAGCGACCCAAGACUGAAUCUUUCUUUCAGACUGAGUCACCAGAGUUGUCUUCUGUCGGUGAUGAAGAAGAGACGAUGAGAGUGGAGAAAAAAGAGGCUCUAAAAGGGGAGCAGUUCGCCUACCAUGAGGACUGGGGAGAGGCCCUGUGUGGUAAGAGCAGUCCAGUGCUUUGUGUUUUGGACAUUGAGGGUGACAACGUUUCUGUGUUGGAAGGUGUGCCUGAAAAUAUCUCACCUGGACAGGCCUUUUGGGCUCCAGGUGACACAGGGGUGGUGUUUGUAGGGUGGUGGCAUGAGCCUUUUAGACUUGGUCUAAAGUACUGCCCAAACCGAAGGUCAUCUUUGUUUUACGUAAAUCUUACUGGUGGGAACUGUGAGCAGCUGUCAUCAGGGACCAAUGCAGUGUCCUCCCCCAGGCUAAGCCCAGACCAAUGUCGUAUUGUUUAUCUGGAAUGUUCCAUCUAUGGGCCACACAUGCAGUGCAGCAGGCUGUGUAUGUAUGACUGGUAUACUCAGAAAACCUCAGUGGUAGUGGAUGUGGUAAAGCGACCCAAAGAAGAUGGCUUUACUGGUAUCUACAGUUCUCAGUUGUCCCCUCAAUGCUGGUCAGCUGACAGCCAGCGCAUUGUUGUUGCUUCUCCUCAGCGUAGCCGCAAGGAGUUGUUGGUCAUAGACACAAGCACAGGGAAUGUCACCUCACUGACUUCAAAGUCAGAUGCUGGUAACUGGUGCCUGCUGAACAUAGAAAGAGAUCUCAUGGUGGUCUGCUGCUCCUCUCCAAACCGCCCUCCAAGCCUGAGGGUUGGGUUCCUUCCUGCCAGAGAUUCUGAGGAUGAAGUCAUGUGGGUUACUUUGGAAGACUCUCAGAUAUUGCCAGACAUUGAUUGGCAGAUCUUGACUUUCACCCCUCCCCCAGAGCAAGACAACAGCCAAUACCCUGGGCUUGAUUUUGAAGCCUUAUUGGUCAAACCAAAGGAGGUGAAGGAUGGAGUGAAGCUGCCUCUUAUUGUCUCUCCUCAUGGAGGGCCUCACUCAGUAAUUGUUGCUGAGUGGUUUCUGUCGUCCGCUGUGCUGUGCAGAAUGGGUUUUGCUAUAUUACUGGUGAACUAUCGUGGAUCACUCGGGUUCGGACAGGAUAAUAUCCUGUCAUUACCAGGCAAUGUUGGCAACCAGGAUGUUAAAGAUGUGCACUUUGCUGUUGAAAGUACACUGAAAAGUGGUGAGUUUGACCCACAGAAGCUGGCAUUGUCUGGGGGCUCCCACGGUGGCUUCUUGGUGUGUCACCUGAUUGGCCAGUACCCAGGUUUUUAUAAGGCAUGUGUGGCUCGUAACCCUGUCACCAACUUUGCCUCUAUGGUUGGCAGCACAGACAUCCCUGACUGGUGCUUGGUGGAAGCUGGCUUUGACUACAACACAGAGUCUUUACUUGACCCCGCUGUUUAUGGACAGAUGUUGAAAAUAUCACCCAUUGCACAUGUCGCACAGGUACAGACACCAGUACUGCUUACCUUGGGGGAAGAUGACAAGCGUGUACCUAACAAGCAAGGAAUUGAAUAUUACAGAGCCCUGAAGUCAAAGCAGGUCCCAGUCCGGUUGCUGUGGUACCCAGGCAACAACCACUCUCUGUCCAAGGUGGAUGCAGAGUCUGAUGGCUUCAUGAACAUCGCUCUGUGGAUAAUUCAACACUUGAGUCUCUGAUGGUAAAUAAAUACAUAGUAGUGUGUUAAUGCUGUAAUUACUGCCAGGAAAAACUCUACUGUGUGUAAGAGGUAUGUUCCUGUUUCAAUGACAAUGUGAUGUCCAAUCCGAAGCCAAAGCAUUGAAUGUGGUCCAAGUAUAACACACGUUGAUUUACUUAUGUAGUUUUUCUGUUGCCACAGAAACUUUCAGUGGGAGAUGGGAAAGAAUUGUUUUAACCCUGUACUUGAAUACAAGCAGUUUUAAUACACUUUACAUUUGUCUUUUCUUUAAAUCAUUAGUCUCAGUUUGAGCAGAUAAAAUUGUGGGCUUUUUGUGUGUUAAAAAAUUGAAUAUAUAAAGGUAACUGAUCAUUUUCUAUGCUUACUGUCUGGGUUAAAUCAGUCAACUUGGUUUCACGAUACUGUGCAAAUAAAGUGAUUGUAAAAUUA